GAGAGAUAUUCAUCCAGGGUAUUAGGAAAAACCAAGCCUCCCCCUAGGAAUGGCACUUGUCUGAGAGUUCCCUUAGCACAGAGCUCCUGAAAGCCACCAGGCUUGUGAGAGGAGAACAGAGGGGCUAUUAGGAUACAGAUUACAGCUCUCUCAGGAUUUGCCAGACAGACCAGCCGACUUUGAAUACCUGAUUUCUAAGGAGUAAAACAAAGAAGGAAAAAUGACAGAAGAUCAAGGCCUUUCCGAGGUGGAGAUGAGUCCUGUGGGUUCUGAAGGCCAUCAUUGCCUCUCGCCAGGACCUUCCAUGGCAUCGGACGCCAACUCUCAUCUUGCCAGCCCCAGCAGUAGCGAGAUGGGGAAGGUGAAGAAGGAGCAGCAGGACUCAGAGGCGGACGACGAUAAGUUCCCUGUGUGCAUCCGGGAGGCGGUGAGCCAGGUACUGAGCGGCUACGACUGGACCCUGGUGCCCAUGCCAGUGCGGGUCAAUGGAAGCAGCAAGAGCAAGCCCCAUGUCAAGCGACCCAUGAAUGCCUUCAUGGUGUGGGCACAAGCUGCCCGGAGGAAGCUGGCAGACCAGUAUCCUCACCUCCACAAUGCAGAGCUUAGUAAGACGCUUGGGAAGCUCUGGAGAUUGUUGAACGAAAGUGAUAAGCGACCCUUCAUUGAAGAAGCGGAACGGCUGCGGAUGCAGCACAAGAAGGACCACCCUGAUUACAAGUACCAGCCACGUCGGCGGAAAAAUGGCAAGGCUGCCCAGGGUGAAAAUGAUAGCCAAGCUGAUGGGGAAGCUGGUGGCGCUGCUGCGAUCCAGGCCCACUAUAAAAAUGCCCACUUGGACCACAGGCACCCUGGGGAAGGAUCACCCCUGUCUGAUGGGCACCCUGAACAUUCCUCAGGUCAGAGCCAUGGACCCCCCACCCCACCGACCACUCCAAAGACAGAACUGCAGUCGGGUAAGGCUGACUCCAAGCGGGAGGGGCGUUCCCUGGGGGAAGGUGGAAAGCCUCACAUUGACUUUGGCAAUGUGGAUAUCGGGGAGAUCAGCCACGAAGUGAUGUCCAACAUGGAGCCCUUCGACGUCAACGAGUUUGACCAAUACCUGCCGCCGAAUGGACACGCUGCUCACCCAGGCCAUGUCGGGGGCUAUGCCACAGCUGCUGGCUAUGGCCUUGGGAGUGCCCUGGCUGCAGCCAGCGGACACUCAGCCUGGAUCUCCAAGCAGCAUGGCGUCUCUUUGUCCGCUGCCACGUCCUCAGUGGUAGACUCCAAGGCACAAGUGAAAACAGAGGGCUCUGCUCCAGGGGGCCACUAUUCUGAUCAGCCCUCCACUUCCCAGAUAGCAUACACAUCCCUCAGUCUGCCCCACUAUGGCUCAGCUUUCCCCUCUAUAUCCAGGCCCCAAUUUGACUAUCCCGACCACCAGCCCUCGGGACCCUAUUACAGCCACUCCAGUCAGGCUUCUGGCCUCUACUCGGCCUUCUCAUAUAUGGGGCCCUCCCAACGUCCCCUGUACACUGCCAUCUCUGAUCCGGCACCUUCAGUGCCACAGUCCCAUAGCCCCACACACUGGGAGCAGCCUGUGUAUACAACCCUCUCAAGACCCUAGGGAAUGGGGAGCAGUGACCAAAGCAGCAGCGGAAAGGCUCCGAAGAAUCAGCCCCAGAAGACGAGCCUCCGAGUCCCGAGGUCAUUCGGUGUAAUCCAGUCGCCAGAACCCACUGAAUAUCCGGGCGUGUCUAUCUUGACCACAGUUUUCGAGGGCUCACCUGGCUGGAGGAAGGUUCCCACCCCCAAUACUCCCAAUUCCUGAUUGGCUUCCAAGAUCCCGUAGGCCUUCUAGAUGAGGACGAUUCUAGGCAUGGAGCGCAUAGUCAUGGCAGGUGGUUUGUUGGGCAGAUCAAGGACUGAAGGGAAAAAAAAAACCCUAUCUAAUUGAGAGAUAAUCCCCUCCCUUCUCUUCCCCUCCCUCAAGCUGUCCAGACCAUCAUCCUGAUGGCUUGGAAGGAAAACACUGGCCAUAACUUUGCCACUUGCUGUGGGUGAAGCAUGGCUUGUCAGGCAUCCUGGUGGAUAUGUGACAAGAGGUGACAUAGAGGGGUGCAGCUGAUGUGGACAGUACUGUAGGAUGUUCCUGCUUCCGAGUCGCACAUGCAUGAAUCUUAUUCCCCACUGGAAGACCAGCCUAUGCUUGCUUUUCCUGAUGAUAUUUGACACCUGCAUCCUACCUUCCCUUAUCCAUUCCAGCACUUCUCUGCUGCCUGGCUCUCUUAAGACUUAACUACACAGUACGUUGGACUCAGGAACUGCAUUAUACGUUCUGGCCGCCUUUGCAUCACAGCAUGUAAACCUCUGCGUACAUGUUGGUCCUUUGGACCAUACAAGGCAAAGGAGACUGAAUCUUUCUUUGUUGUUAUGAACAUUUUGUAUGGCUAGUUUCUUUCCAACACUUCCUGGUCCCCUCCUAAACUCCCCCAGCUAUCCUUCUAAUACUCGAGGAGAUACCCUGCCAAAGCCAGUGCUUUUCCUUUUGGCAUGCUGUUGAGUGUGUGUGAGUGACAUGAGUGUAGAGGGGGUGAGGGAAGGCAGGCAGUGUGAUCCCUGUGCUUGCUUAAAUAAGAAGAGCCAAGAUCUUUUCCAUCUGACCAUUGUUAAGAUGGCAUAUUCUUCUCACUCGUGCAAAGACAGCACAAGGCAUUUGAGGGCUUGAAGCCAAAGAUCCCAAUGGCACUCCUAAGGAUGGUAAAAUAUAAUCAACUAAAUAAUUGACAAUUUGCUGCCUAUUCAUCUCACCCUACCAAAGGGUCAGGCCAGCCAUCCUCACACGUUUGUAAUUAUUAGCAGCUGGGUUCUAACUUUGCCACGAUGAGGAGGACACUUCUAUUGCGUAUGAUGUUGAAUGGGCUUUAAAAUAAGCCAUGCAAAAUUUAAAUAAGCUGCCCUUCUCUUUUGAGGUUUCAAAGUGGAGGAAAUAGCUCUAACCACACUGAUGUUUGCUGCCUUCUUUUCCCUGGCCUUGGUGAAGGUUUGCUUGUCGCUGCAGCUUCAAAUCAGGCAUUGCUCCCAGUGCCAUGGAGUAGGUUACAUUGAAGGCUGCCAUGAUUUUGACCGUGAUGGGAUGAACAACUCCCCACCGAGGCAACAGUUGCUAUGCAAGUGCAUGAGGACAGGCCCACUGUUGGCCACAGUAUACACUGCAAUACAUGCGGUUCUAAUCCCAACCUCUUUGGACUGAGAUGCCUGAGGCUAACCCGUCCAACGUUAGGAAUUUAUAUAUGCUUGCCUCUAUUUUCAGCUAUGGAUGAUUAUCUCUUCUCCAUGGUACUUGAAAAGAACAUGUAGUAUGCCUGUACCCCUUGUAUGCAUGUAAUCUAUUAACUGCUCUGCAUCCUUAUUUAUGCAAAUAGACCAUCCCUUCCUUCCCUCCCAAACUCCACAGUCCUGUGUUGUCCUAGCACCAUUAACUUUGCAUCAAAUGUAUGGAAUAAUAAACUUAAAAGGUUUCA